GAGGUGACGCCAUUUUUUUUUUUUUUUUCCUCUCUACGCGCAGGUGGGUGGUGGCCGAGCUUUCCCGAACUCUCCUCCUGCCUCCUUCUUGGCGCGCCCCCAACGCGUCGCCAUGGCGACCCAGCGGCCCUUGCCCGCCUGUGGCGACGCCGCUUACCUGGUAGCUUCUGCGGACCCGGCGGCGGCGGCGACAGUCGGAGCUCAUGGAGGUUUCGGUUAACCACGUCGCCAAGACCAAGGAGCGGUCGUGCCUGGGCCGCUGCAAGCAUUUCUUUUGGCUGGGCGUCACCUUCGACACGGUGGGCGCGGCCACGCUGUUCACCGGGGUCUUCUCCCGUUUGCACUACUAUGACAUAUUCCUCUACCUGGGUGCCAGCAUGAUCUUCCUCAGCCUCCUCUGGUGGACUUUCUGGUACAGCGGUAACAUCGAACUGUCUUCUGAAGAGGCCUUGAACAGCCCCUACCGCCUGCCCUCCGCAUCCACGCUGGAAGUCCUGAGCCAGACCAUCAACAACCGCUUCACUUUCACCAUAGGCAGCGUUUCCAGCACCCUUAUGCGGAUGCGGCGGCGGCGGCGGCGGCUACGCCAGAGGUUCCUGGAAGGGCAGACAGCUCUGGAUAUGACCGUCACGGGCCAGGUCGAAAACCAGCUAGACCAAGACAAAGACCGGGAGGAAGGGGCCGCGGAGAAGGGCGAGGCUCAGGACUUUGGCAGCAAGGAUCUCCCCAAACCCGAAGCUAUCAAAAGUUUUAAGGAAGCUUGCUCCCAGGUGCCCGAUGCUGGUGACCUGGGCCGUGAGGCUAGUCUCCCAAAGUUCGUUAAGGGACCGUCGACCAGUCUGGUGCAGCCAUUCACACCGUCUCCUCUGGACCAGCCUCCAACUCCAGUCAUCCUGACUUCUAAGAGCCUGCCCGUAGUCUCCUUGGCUUCUAUGAGCCAAACUGCCCCUAUUCUGACUUCGAAGAGCCAGCCUGUAGUUGCCUUGGCCUCUACGAGCCAGCCCCUUGCAGUGACUCUUGUCUCUAAGAGCCAACUUGCAGCCCCUUUGGCCUCUACUAGCCAGCCUCCACCUCUCCUGACUUCUAAGAGCCAGUCUGUAGUUUCCUUAGCUGUAGUUUCCUCUACAAGCCAGCCCCCUGCAGUCACUCUUGCUUCUACAAGACAGCCUGCUGUCCCCCUGACUUCUACUACUCAGCCUCAGGUGGUCUUUGCCUCUAAGAGCCUGCCUGUUGUCUCCUUGUCCUUUGCAAGUCAGCCUCUGACCAUACUUACCUCUCAGAACUACCCCCUGAUGCCUGUGACCUCUCAGAGCCAGCUCCCGGUGCCUGUGGCCUCUGAGGGCCAACCCCUGGUGCCUGUGGCUUCUGAGGGCCACCCCCUGGUGCCCAGGGUCUCUCAGAGCUACCCCCUGGUGCUUCCGGCCUCUCAGAGCCAGCUCCCGGUGCCUAUGGCCUCUGAGGGCCACCCCCUGGUAUCUGUGGCUUCUGAGGGCCACCCCCUGGUACCUGUGGCUUCUGAGGGCCACCCCUUGGUGCCCAGGGUCUCUCAGAGUUACCCCCUGGUGCCUAGGACCUCUCCGGGCCAGCCCCUGGUACCUAGGGUCUCUCAGAGCUACCCCCUGGUGCUUCCGGCCUCUCAGAACCAGCUCCCGGUGCCUGUGGCCUCUGAGAGCCACCCCUUGGCGCCUGUGGCCUCUGAGGGCCACGCCCUGGCGCCUGUGGCCUCUGAGGGCCACCCCCUGGUGCCUAUGACCUCUCAGCGUCAGCUUCAGAAUCUUUUGGAGGUCUGUCAAACUGGACCACCACCUCUUCAGGCCUCCCAGUCGUCGAGUCUGUCCACCAUCUCUCUGCUCCAGGUUCUGCCCACCGAGUCUUUGCAGACCCAGCCUGUGGACCUUCAGGUGGCCCAGGCUAUUCUGGAGCUUCAGACCGUGUAUCACACCCAGCAGGCCUCCCAGAGCACCUCUUUAGUCCAGGAAAUUAGACCAAGCCAGCCUCCAUCUGCCCAGGAGUUUCACACAGAGCCAGUUGCUCUUGAGACCCCGCCACCAGCGGACCAGGAGCUAAGUCAGGACCGUCCUGAUGCUGCGGCCCUGCCUCCUCAGUCUCCAGCUCCAGCUGCUCAAGCCCAGCAGUCAGAGCCCUCCGGGCUGGUCCCCACCCUGGCCCAGGAGAGGAAGAGUCGCUCCAUCUAGCACAGAAGCAGACCCCAGCUCUCUGAGUGGCCCUCAGGCCUCCGCCAAAACCCACCAGUAUUCCUCCAGAUUUCAACACCAAGUUUGUAAAAGCACAAAUACUUACCUUCGCCUCAUUUUGGAAACCUCCAGCUGGAGUCCUGACCUAUCUCAGACCAGCAAACGUAACCAGACUGCCUCUGCCAAGUAUACGUUUCAGGGUUGGGGAGAAUGUUCCAGCCUCAGAUAAUAAAGACAUUAUCAGAAUUUUAAGCCAUAAUAAACUGUGCCAAUGAACAGUUUGUUGAAUAGCCCAAAUGAACUUUGUUUUAAAAUAAGUUAGUUUUUAAAAUAGAUUUCUCUUGUGAAAGCAUUCCAGCAUUCUAAGUGGAAAAUAAUGUCACACACUUUGGGUAAAGAUAUAAGGACAAAUCCCACAGAAAUAGACAUUGAAAAAUGUGGCUUCUUUUUUAAGGAUACCGUAUGGCCUCAUCAAGCUAUCAGAAAGAUUAGUACAAUCAAUGUAUUACAAUUUGUAUGUUCACUUGUUUUAAAUAGCAGGAGUUUCCCUUUUUCCCAAGGAUUUAAAACUGCUGAUUUGAUUGCAUAUAUUAAUGAUAACUUCCAGAUGUUCAAGCUGGUUUUAGAAAAGGCAAAGGAACCAGAGACCAAAUUGCCAAUAUCCGUUGGAUCAUCAAAAAAGCAAGAGAGUUCCAGAAAAAUAUCUAUUUCUACUUUAU